GCGUGAGGGUCAAAAGAAAGGCAGACUGCCACGUGCAGCGCCUCAUUUGGAUGUGUCUGGAGUCUUGGAAGCUUGACUACCCUACGUUCUCCUACAAAUGGACCUUGAGAGCUUGUUUGGAGGUUCUAGCAGGGGAGCGCAGCUACUCGUAUACCCUUGACCGAUGGACGGUCCUCUCCUCUAUCGGGGAAGGUCGUCCUCUUCGACCGAGCGCGCAGCUUCGGGAGGGACGCACAUGGAGCGGUGAGGGAGGAAGGGGACACCCGCCUAGCCAGCCAGAUCAGCCGAAUCAACCCUGGCGAUCAAUGGGGUGACAGAUGUCGCAGCCAGAUCGCCCUCACAUCCGAAAAGCAGUGCUUCCCACUACGAUAUAUAAAGCCAAAGACAUUUGUACCUUUACGCAUAGGCCGAGUGUCUAGCACGGCACUGUUAUAACAAGACUUUUAACUAAAAGCCAAACUCAAGCAGGACUACAAAGGUACUUUUAUCGCUCCAGACAUUAAAAUUGGAGUUGAAACUGAGUUUAUUUCGGCUGAAUUCACAUUAUCCAGAAUGCCUUGCAGAUGGGUGGGGCAUGCUAAACAUUGCCGUCUCUAUUGGUGAAAUUUCCCGGAGCCUCGCCCACCUCGAGCGCCUUCUCGCCGCCUCGUUGCAGGCUGCUAGCCCAGCGCUUUGUGCGACUCCGGGCGCUCAGAGCUGAAUCCAGGAAAACGCAGCAACGGCAAAAACCAGUUUCCUGUGCCAAAUCCUUGACUAUUCAUUUAGCUCCUGAGCACUGGGUUCCAUAAAACCCAAACCCGUUGCCGUGGAGUCUGGGUUAAGAGCACGAAAUUACGACUGUUCGUGUGCGCGGAGCUGCUGCAUCUGUUUUUCAGAAAGCCUACAAGGCCAUCAUGGAAGCGAGGCCCAAGCUCCACUACCCCAAUGGAAGAGGCCGCAUGGAAUCUGUAAGAUGGGCUUUAGCUGCCGCUGGAGUCGAGUUUGAUGAAGAAUUUUUAGAAACAAGAGAACAGUUGCACAAGUUGCAGAAAGGUAAACACCUGCUGUUCCAACAAGUGCCGAUGGUUGAAAUUGACGGGAUGAAGUUGGUGCAGACCCGAAGCAUUCUCCACUACAUUGCGGAAAAGUACCACCUCUUUGGCAGCGACCUCAAAGAGAAAACCCUCAUUGACAUGUAUGUGGAGGGGACGCUGGAUCUUCUGGAAAUGAUUAUCACACACCCUUUCUUAAAACCAGAAGAUCAGCAAAAGGAAGUGGUUAGCAUGACCCAGAAGGCUGUGAUCAGAUACUUCCCUGUGUUUGAAAAGAUUUUAAGGGAUCAUGGACAAAAGUUUCUCGUUGGGAACCAGCUGAGCCUUGCGGAUGUGAUUCUACUUCAAACCAUUUUGGCUCUGGAAGAGAAAGUUCCUAAUAUCCUCGCUGCAUUUCCUCACCUCCAGGAAUUCACAGUGAAAAUAAGUAACGUUCCUACAAUUAAGAAAUUCCUUGAACCUGGCAGCAAGAAGAAGCCUCCUCCCGAUGACGUCUAUGUGAGAACCGUCUAUACUAUCUUUGCACCGUAAAACAACAUGCAUGUCUACGAGCAAGCGCUUACCCCUAGAAUCUGCCGUGUCCACAGUAUCUUAACUGAUUCCCGCCUGCAGUGAUCCCAGCUCUGUUAUGGUGCUAUAGAUAGGGUCUUUCAUGUCAAAGAGAUCUCUUCUAGAAGUAUUAACUUUUUUUUUUUUUUUGGUCUAGCGAAUAUUGUUAAUGGAGUCUUUUUCUGGAAACCUUAUUUGGGCAGGCUGGUAUUUAAGUUAGACCUGGUCUGAUCACUGCACUUUGUAAGGAUUGGCAGAACCUCAUGUUCUCCCUUAGGCUCCUUUUCUCCCCUCCUGAUCCCAUUCUAAAAUUUCUCUGGUCUCUUCUUAAUUUUUAGUGUUUGGUAACAAUCGAGUGUCUAGUGAAUGACUCUCCUCUCAACUAUAAUAAAUCAAGUGGUAGUAGGAAUGCAGUUGAUAUUCACUGAAAUAAAGAAUUUACAAAUCA